AUUCGUAGACUAAAAGAUGGCGGCUCCGUUGUCGGUCGUGUUGCUGUGGGGUACUUUGUUAUGGCGGAUCUCGAGUUCUUUCCAACAUGGUAAUUCAAGACCGGAGAUGCUUGAGGAUAAGAUAUUCCGGGAGAUAUUUCGUAAUUAUAACAAGGCUGUCCGUCCGGCCACCAUGGACACCAAGAUAGUAGUGGUCAAACACGGAAUGAGCGUCACACGCCUAGUUGAAUUGAAAGAUGACGUCAUGACGUUCGACACCUGGAUUGACAUGGGGUGGAAUGAUGCACGCCUCCGUUGGGAGCCUGAUGACCAUGACGAUGUAUCUCGUGUAAACAUCCCCACAGAUUUGAUCUGGAUGCCUGAUAUUGUUCUGUAUAACAGUGCAGGGACAGCCACAGACAUGUACCCGUCAAUGCCUCGCCAGGCACACGUUACGCAUGAUGGAACUAUACAUACCGCCCCCGCCAUGCGUCUUCGUGUAUGGUGCGGGAGAACUGAGGGCUGCUCUCCUGUGGACCAACAAGGGAGUUACACGUGCGACCUUAAGUUUGGUUCAUGGGUAUAUGAUGGCUUUAGCGUGGAUCUACAGAAUCGUCAGGAGAGCAUUGACCUUAGUCAUUAUUCCCAGCAUACUCAAUGGAGCGUGAAAAAUUCUUCAGUCAACCGGAACGUCGUUUUAUAUUCUUAUUGUCCGGAACCCUAUCUCGACAUUACGUACACCAUACAACUUGCACCCAAAUAUGGUCAUGCUAGGUUGGUAUGAACCAUUUCUUUUGUAUCAUGCUCGACUUGUGUGAACUCUUUCUUAAGGUAUACAAUCCCCGUACAACUAUCAUCCAAUUAUGCACCAUGCGAUAUAUAUAUAUAGGCUGGUGUGAAAAUGUUCCUGGAAUUUCGGCACUAUUUGAUGUGCAAAAAAAUACGGACAGUGUUAGGAAGGCGUGAAUGCUUUUCACUUACAUCAAUGCAAUCACUUGUCCGCUUCAAAGUGAAUACUCCCCAUUAAUAUUGCAAUAAAUGUAUUCAUA